ACCGCACUUGACGCUUUGUUUACAUCGGAGAGAGAAGAAGAAAACGUUUGUGGAUUUCCUUAUUGAAGGAUUUCUUUUUUUCUUGAGUGUUUAUUGAGUAUUUUAUCAAAAUGCCUAAAGUGAGGCGUAGUCGGAAGCCUCCUCCAGAAGGAUGGGAGUUAAUUGAGCCAACGCUGGAGGAACUGGAUCAGAAAAUGAGAGAAGCUGAAACGGAGUCGCACGAGGGCAAGAGGAAGGUCGAGUCCCUUUGGCCCAUCUUCCGUAUUCACCAUCAGAGAUCUAGAUAUAUUUACGACCUUUUCUACAGACGGAAAGCUAUCAGCAGAGAACUGUAUGAUUACUGUCUCAAGGAGAAGAUUGCAGACCAGAACCUGAUUGCUAAGUGGCGCAAACAGGGAUACGAGAACCUGUGCUGCCUUCGCUGCAUUCAGGCCCGCGACACCAACUUCGGCACCAACUGUGUGUGCAGAGUUCCAAAGAGCAAGCUGGAGGAGGGAAAGAUUGUUGAAUGUGUUCACUGUGGAUGCCGUGGCUGUUCGGGAUGAGGAAGACAUUAUAACAUGUGCAUGAAUCAGCUUCACUUGUCAUGCAUUACCCAGAGACCUGAGGACCAUAAUGUUCUGUCAAUAUUCAAUCAGAAUUUAGUGUAUAGGUUAAAGAUGUUAAUAAAAAAAAAAAUAAUACAAUUUUCCUUUACAGUUUAGAUAGACAGAGGAAUAGAUUUUUUUUUUUCCAGUUUCAGUUAAUGUUCUAAUUGGAUUAUGGAAUCCCCAUAUGAAUAAGUUUCUCAAGAUGGUCCAAAAUGUAUUUUUCUUACUUAAUGUUGACCCUGCCUCAUGCACAUGAUAUUGAUUUUUAUUGUGAUUUUUAAAAACACUGAUCUUUGUCUUUGAGUGGAGAAAAUAAAACAAACACAUCUUAAA